AGCCUCCCUUUCGUGGUCAAAGAUGCCGCAACGUUGGCCCAUCCUGUGCAUCUGCUGUCUCGGUUGCCUUGGGCACUCAUGGCCGCUCCACUCGGAGUUGAGUCGGCAAGUGUUUCAUACAAACGGCUCAGAGCACAGAAAGACUCCUCAUCACAUUCUGCUCUCCACUCCCCACUCGAGUGCAAACGAGCAGCGCCGUUGCAGCGCUUCAAAAGUCGCAGCCUCCCUAAAAUGUUCUCCGACUAUUAGGCAUAAUAGAAAAUCAUCUUCCAUUCAAUCAUAG